AAAAAAAAAAAAAAAAGUAUACGAAAUCAUUCUUUUUUGUUUAUUCUUUUCUGAUUCCUUUUUUACCUUCUUUUUUUGAAUUCAUAGUUCCUCUUUCAAACUAGCAUCACCUUAUCACCUUUUAUUCUUCUUUUUUUUUAAAAAAAAAAAGAAAAUUCCUUAGGAAAAAAAAAAUUAAUAAUUAAAUAAAAAACUUGCAUAAGGAAUGAUUCCUCCUUCCGCAAGACCUUUUCCAGAGGUUGAAGAUGAAAUACAAUAUGACUAUCGUCAUCCUCUUUAUAUUGGUGAUUGGAGAAAAUCCAUCGCUUAUAUUGAUGAAGAUUUUGCCAUUGAUGAUUUAGAUGAACCACAUAUGAAACGUAGAAUUACAAUUUUAAACCAUCAUCCUGAAAUUGAACAAUUAUAUGGUUACGAUAUUAAAACUAUACCUAUUACAAUUAUUGUUGUUUUGAUGCAAAUAAUAGCUGCUUAUAUAUUUGGACGUAUUUUAUUAGAUUGGGAUUGGGUAAUGAUCAUUUAUUCUUAUGUUAUUGGAGGAGCGAUGACUCAAAUUUAUUUUGCUAUAAUUCAUGAAGCUGCUCAUUGUCUCACUGCUCCAACAAGAUGUCAAAAUCGAAUGGUUGGGCUCUUGGCGAAUAUAGCAAUUCCUUUACCUUUAGCAAUGUCUUUUCGUCGUUAUCAUUUAGAACAUCAUGUGUUUCAAGGUGUGAGCGGAAUUGAUCCAGAUUUACCUUUAAAAUGGGAAAUGAAUCUUAUUCGUGGUAAUACUAUGUUAAAAUUGUUAUGGCUUAAUCUCUAUCCAGCAAUCUACCUUUAUCGUAACAUAAUUAAAUUAAAAGGUCCUCAAUAUUGGGAAUAUGUAAAUUGGAUUUUUACCGCUAUCAUAAAUGUUCUUAUAUAUUAUUUUUGUGGCGGAAGAGGUAUACUUUAUUUAUUUUUAUCGCUCUGGUUCGGUUAUAGCAUUCAUCCUGCUGCUGCUCAUUUCAUUCAAGAACAUUAUACUUUUGAUGAUGGGCAAGAAACUUAUUCUUAUUAUGGGCUUUUAAAUAAAAUUUUCAUGAAUGUUGGAUAUCACAAUGAACAUCAUGAUUUUACAAGGAUUCCGUGGUCUAAAUUACCGGAAGUGCGCCAAAUUGCAUCGGAAUAUUAUGAUCAUUUAGCUUAUCAUACCUCAUGGUUGAUGGUGCAUUGGAAUUUCGUUACACAGAAGCAAUUUGGUCCACAAAGCCGGGUUAGAAGAAGUAUACAAGAUCACAGGAAAGGUCGUAAAAUGUUGGGUGUCUUGAAAAAAUCUUUAAAUGAAGAAUGAAGUGAAACAAUAUUAUUCACUAUGAAAUCACUUUCGCUUCAUUAUUAUCAUAUAAUAAUAUUAUAAGAAAUAAUUUUUUAGGUCAAUUUAUAUAAUCAACCGUUUAAGAUGAAAAAAAAAUUAAUAUGC